UUUUUCUUUUUCUUUUUCUUUUUUUUUAGCCUCAUGAAUCAUAGUAUACGCGUUUUAGUCUCUUUAUGCUGGUUGAAGUUUUGUUCAUUAACGUUACUAUCAAACGAUUGGUAAUUACACUUGCCCUGACGAUAAUAAUACCUACGGAAUAUAUAUAGCAUCCUAAAAUGAAACUCUACCACUCUAUCUUCCUCUCGCUCCUCCCCUUCCUCCCUACCUACGCAACCGCUGUAGCCCUAAACGCAACAUGCUACUUCCUCGACGGCAGCGUCGCAUCCGCAGAUGUCCCCUGCACCACCGACUCCACCACAAACUGCUGCAACAAGAACGACCUCUGCAUGUCCAACGGCCUCUGCUACAUGCAAGGAUCCCGCGGCAUGGCGUUCUCCCGCGGCAGCUGUACCGAUAGAUCCUGGGGCGCGCGCUGCUUUGCCCCUUGCUCAAAAACGAACAGAAACGACGGAUACCCACUCGUAAACGUAGGAUAUAGUGGCAGGAGCUCGAAAUACUGUUGCGGGGCAGUCGCGUACAAGGACGGGGAGAUCACCUGCGCAGCGGAGGGAGAUCCGUUCAGUAUUGAUUUUGGGACGGCCAUUCCAGGGGUUGCGGGAUUGGCGAAUACGACGAGUACGGAGGGGAAUGCGACGGCGACGGCGACGGCGUGUGAGGAUUCGGGCUCAAACGCGAAGUCGGGCUCGAGUGCGGAAGAGGACGCAGAGAAAACGACUGUGAAAUAUGAUGUGGCGAUUGGGGCCGGGGUGGGUGUGCCGUUGGGGGUGGUUGCGUUGGCGUCGAUUGCGUGGGCUUUGUAUGAGCGGAGGCAGAGACGGGUUGCGGAGAGGGUUGGGAUGGCGGUGUCUGGGAAGGACGAGGGUGGGGAGUAUAUGAAUAUGGGGGUUAUGGGGGCCCAACAGGCGCCGGUUGAGUUGGUGGAUAGUCGGAGGGUGGUUUUAUCGGAGUUGGAUGGUGGGAAUGGGAAGGUGGAGGUGAGGUGAUGGUUGGUUUCUUUGGAACGGGAGAUAUGUUUUAGGGGGGAGUGCAAAUGCCAUGUAGUCUUACUUGUUUUGGGCUGCAACGGAUGAUGUCAGAUAUUUCGAUUGAAUGGAUUGUUUGGCUGUAGGAGUCUUGGGGCUUGAUUUGUGUUGGUGGAGUCUGUAUACGGGAAGUACGAUCUGACUGGCUUGUUCGUCUUUCAUAAUACGAGCACACAAGGCAUGCUGAGUUGGCUGCUUAUGGUCUGG